CACGACCGGAUCAUAAACCUGCGCUCACUGAUUUCAGCUGCUAUCGCAGCCACUGCACUUGCCUCCUCGGGAGCUGUCAGCAUCGAUCACGACAAGGUGCAGCCGUUCGCACAGCCCGAGGCGACCACCGUCUCCGAGAAGGCUGCUGUCAAGUGCAAGCCAAAUCUCCGCGUCGUCAGCGGCUGCCAUGUGGCGGGUGAGACGAGUGGGGGCCUCAAGGGGCACGGGGGGGCUCGACUCUGGAUGCAAGGGCUCAGCGCCUUGAGGGAGUAUCUGAAUGGGACGAGUCCCAAUUUUGAUGAGCACAUGCUCUACCUUUGGGCUUCGAAGGAAACUGGUGAACUUCAGGACCUCAUCAUGUGGGAGCAAUUGACCGAAGAGGCACCGGCCGGUCUGAGCAAGGCAGACUUCGGCGCGAAGACUGAGGUGCCAUUCAUCGACGCGAACUUUGAAGCGAACCUAGAGAAGGCCUUCUCGUCCCUUUAG